AUGGGUAUUGGUAAAUGGUCCAUGGUGACGAGGGCUGCCGAGCUUCCAUCGUGGAAGAGCGACAGGAACAUUGGGCGAGGAGAGGAGAGUCAAAGGGGGCUGGAAACGUCCUCGGACUGUGUUUAUCGCGGCACGAAGAUACUUUUUGCUUAUCGGAGAUCGAGCAAUGCCAAACGGCUGCAAGUGCUCUCCUCAUUCGCGAAUCCUUGCUGCCGCGAAGUGGCUGCGGAAUUUGCAACAGCGAUGCAGCUGCAUCCCAUUCAAGCACACGUGACUGUGGACCUGGGGAAAGAUGCGGAGUUUCAGUGUUCCGUCACCGGUCAGCCACAUCCGGUAAUCUCAUGGGCAAAGGAUGGUCUUCCUAUACGCGAAGGAUCGUCGGGUAGGAGCAAGAUUACGGGUAACGAUGGCUCGACGUUGCGCAUAUCUUCUAUCGUGCGGGAUGACAAAGGGAUGUAUCAGUGUUUCGCCAAAAACGACUACGAGAUGGUACAAGCCACGGCCGAAUUGCGUUUGGGAGACGCAGCGCCUCAACUUCUGUACAAGUUCAUCGAGCAGACGAUGCAGCCCGGUCCUUCAGUGUCACUCAAGUGUAUCGCGAUGGGCAACCCCACGCCGCAUUUCUCCUGGACAUUGGAUGGGUUUCCUCUUCCGCAAAACGACAGAUUCAUGAUAGGCCAGUACGUGACGGUACACGGCGACGUGAUAUCCCAUGUGAACAUAAGCGCAGUGCGGGUGGAGGAUGGUGGCGAGUACAGGUGCUCGGCGGUGAAUCGCGUCGCAAAGGUGCAUCACGCGGCCCGGCUCAAUAUUUAUGGGCUGCCUCAUGUGCGACCGAUGGGUAACUAUGCCGCCGUGGCCGGCGAGACGACCGUCAUCAAGUGUCCCGUCGCGGGUUUUCCUAUCGCCAGUAUCACCUGGGAGAAAGAUGGUCAAAUAUUGCCGACUAGUCGUCGUCAGGAAGUGUCUGCAAAUGGUACGCUGGUGUUGCAUCGGGUCGACAGCAGUACCGAUCGCGGUGCAUACACGUGCACCGCGAAGAAUAAGCAAGGUCGCUCCGACUCGCAGACUAUUCACAUCGAAGUCAAAGUUCCGCCCACCAUAGCUCCCUUUAGCUUUAAGAAGGACCUGUCGGAGGGUCUGCGGGCCCAGGUGACCUGUAUGGUCGAGAAGGGCGAUCCGCCGUUCACGAUCAUCUGGUCGAAGGACGGCGAGCCGAUUUCCACCCUCGGUACGGCGGUCGCCGUCGCCGUAAACGAUCCCCGACAUCACUCGCAGAUACCUCCGGGACUGCGCGUAACCAACAUUGACGCCCAUUCCAGUGCCAUAGUUAUUGAGCGCGUCACCGCCGCUCACACCGGCAACUAUACUUGUCUGGCGCGCAAUUCGGUGGCCGAGGUCCUCUGGACGGCCGAGUUGAUCGUUCGUGUACCUCCACGCUGGGUGGUGGAGCCACAGGACGCCCGCGCGUCGGAGGGGAUGCCCCGAUUGAGCCUGCAUUGCCACGCGGACGGAUUUCCGCCGCCGCUGGUCACGUGGCGGCGCGGUAGCGGCAGAAAACCGGGCGAUUAUCACGACAUAGCCAACCACGAGCACAUGCAAGACCUGAGGAUACACUCGAACGGCUCACUGGUGUUCGGUCGGGUGCAAGAGGAUCAUGAGGGCUUUUAUCUGUGCGAGGCUAUGAAUGGCAUCGGAGCCGGGCUCAGUAAAGUCGUUUACCUCACCGUCAAUGUUCCCGCGCAUUUUGUGGAAAAACAUCGCAAUCAGACCGCGAGACUAGGCUCGAACGCUUCGCUACGCUGCGAGGCAAAAGGCGAUCAUCCUUUGAAAAUAGCCUGGAAGAAGGCCGGCUCCCAAUUGGAUCCGAAACUUCCCGACUAUCGUUAUACUCUGAAAGAGGACAAUACCACCGAUGGUGUCGUCAGCGUUCUCGGUUUCAUCAGUACUAGUCGCGAAGAUAGCGGAAGAUACUUUUGUAUCGCAUCUAACACUUACGGCCGCGACGAGAUGACAAUUCACCUUUAUAUCCAAGAACCGCCAGACUUCCCACGGAAUCUUCACGUGAUCGAAAAAGGCAGUCGUCAUAUCAAUCUGGGCUGGACGACCAGUCAAGAUGGGAACAGUCCGAUUACCCAAUACAUAAUCGAGUAUAAAACCGAGUCAGAGGUAUGGCACGACCACACAUUUCAUACAACGGUGCCGGGCACACGUGCUCGCGGCCACGUGAGCGGCCUGCGGCCUGCUGUCACUUAUCAGUUCCGGAUGUACGCGGACAACGAACUGGGUCGGAGUCAGGCGAGCGACAUUUUAGAAACAACAACAGAAGGGGAGAAGCCAGGUGGACCGCCGCGAAAUCUCAAAGUGGAUCCCAUCAGCUCGACCGAAUUCAACGUCACCUGGGAUCCGCCCGAUCAUGAUUUAUGGAACGGCGAGAUACUCGGUUAUCACGUCGGCUACAAGGAACACAGGUUGGGGGCGGAGCAGUACACGUACAAAACCGUGGAAAGACGGAUCUCGACGGCGAGCGUCGCUCUCGGUCUAGCAAGAACGUCCAUGCCCGGACGGCAGCAUCACUUGACGAACUUGAAGAAGUUCACGCGUUACAGUGUGGUCGUUCAAGCGUUCAACGCCCUCGGUCCCGGUCCUAUGACGCAGGAAGUUGUGGCGUCAACACUCGAAGAUGUCCCGAGCAGUCCUCCGCAAGACGUGCGUUGCACCGCGCUUUCGUCGACAUCCUUGCAAGUCUCCUGGGACUCUCCGCCUGACUCUAGUCUGAACGGGGUCUCGAGAGGUUACAAGGUCAUGUGGGAGAGCACAGACGCGCUGGCGGAGUCAACCAAACCAGAAAUGAAGAUCACCAACGCUCUGACGGUGAUGAUCCACGGACUUGAGAAAUACAUGAACUAUUCGGUCCAGGUCCUGGCUUUCACCAGAGCGGGCGACGGUGUCGCCUCAUCGCCGCUGUAUUGUGUAACAGAGGAGGACUUGCCGGAAGCGCCGGCCAACAUCAAGGCUGUCGCCAGCUCGGCCUCGUCCGUCAUCGUCUCGUGGCAACCGCCCCAAAAGAGCAACGGCAAUCUUACCGCCUAUAAUGUGCAUAUUCGAGGAUUGGGACCGGAAAGUAAAUGGCACAGGAGAACCCUGCCACCGUAUCAAACCAAUUACCAAGCGGAGGAUCUGCACAAAAGGAGCCAGUACGAAUUCACCGUCGCGGCGGUCACCUCGGUCGGCGAAGGCUCCCAGACCUCGUCCGUCACAAUCUCACCCUCCAGUGAAGUUCGUGCCGCCAUAUAUUCAUUCGGUACCGUACUUGUUGUACCGUGGAAGCAAGACGUGAUGUUGCCCUGCGAAAGUGUGGGCAAGCCAUCUAUUAUCUGGAAGCAAUGGGGUCAAAUAGUCAAGCCAUCUGCCAGAGUGUCCCUCCAUAUCAAUGGAUCCUUGCAAAUUGUUGAUCUCCAUCGAGAGGACAGCGGAAAUUAUACUUGCUUCGUGGAGAAUCGCCACGGUUCUGAUCAGAUAACUCAUCGUUUAACCGUACAAGUUCCACCUGCGGUGCCACUAUUACACGCGACCAGUACUAGUAGCAAUUCCAUCAAUGUGCAGUGGAAGAAUGGCGACGACGGUGGCUCGCCGAUCCGCGGAUACAUUCUGCACUACAAACGCGAGUCGGGCGAGUGGGAGGAAUUCAAAGUAUCGCACAAAGUGAGCAGCUUCGUUUUAUCGCGGCUGUGGUGCGGCAACAAUUAUCAGAUGUACCUGACAGCGUACAAUCGUAUCGGCAUGGGUAGACCCAGCGAGAUCGUUAAGGCUACCACGAAGGGUUCGAAGCCGGACGAUUCGCCCGGUACUGGCGACAAAUUUGUCACAGUUAACGUCUCAUGGAUUACUCUGCACCUCAGUACGUGGAACGACGGAGGUUGUCCUAUAACGUUUUUCGAGCUCGAGUACAAGAAGAGCGGCGAGAAUAUAUGGACGCUAGUCUCGAAUAAUAUAGAGGUGCAAAAGACAUAUACUUUGAGUGAAUUACAACCAGGAAUCACUUAUGACAUCCGUAUAAGGGCUCACAACGAUGCCGGCUUGUCGGUGGCCGAGUACAAGAUAACGACAUUGCAACCGCAUAUUAGCACGACUAUGUCCGCCAUCGAGAUCGAUCAUUACAUCCCACAGCAGAACUAUUCGGAUCUGAAGCUCAUCGUGCCUCUGGUGUUAAGCUCGUUCGCGAUCAUCGCCGCGGCCGGCGCUGUCUUUUACUGCUUCCGCAAACGUCCUUUUAUGGGCGACAUCGGGAGUCUGCAUGACGCUCAAACCGCGGCCGCCUUAGACAAUAAACAGAACAUGGAACAGCGCGAGCAAUAUUACGCCACCGUACGUAAGCCGCUUCGUUCGCCGAUACACGAGAUGGCUACGUUAGAAAAAAUACCAGAAUAUUCGGAAGAUAUCUACCCGUACGCCACAUUCCAGCUGGAGGAAAGCGUUCCUGCAGGAGGCGACAGCCGCUGCAAUUCUGCCGCGCCUCUUCAAACCUUUGUCUAUCACGACCCUCGUCUCUCCACUGCCGAUACCCUUCAGUUACGAGAGUCGGAUUGCAACCGGUACACUAAGGUGCGCGGAGGCCGUUCGUCCUCUGCGCCGUUGCACAAAGCGCACAAGGUCAGUCAGGGCAAGUCCGAGUCGGAGGAGUACGACACGCUGGGCUCGGACAGCGACACGGAAGUCGGGACCAGCAGCCGAACCGAGUCUUCCAAUCACCUCGUCGAUUCGCACCACUCGGCAUCUGCGGCCGACUCGCGCGUCCACAACUUCCUGUACCAUGGACCAGAAUCUAGCACGUCUACAGAACCCUCACCGAUUUUUGAGAGAAAAUCGUUUCCUGGAAGGGGAAGACCCAAGAUGUUACAGCUGGCGCGUUAUACCGGCGAGGAGGCCCGUGCCAACUUCGGGUCAAUCGCCGGGUCUGGCCAUCCCAAGCACCAGUCGGGCAAUCCCUAUGCCAAUCGGGAGCAGGAACGUGACGGAUCAGGAAACCUGUUCGUCCCCAAGCUGGACCCACCCUCGGGGUUCUCCGACGCGUUUGAGCUAAGCGAGGCCGAAUGCGACUUUGAUCGGCACAACAGCCAACGAAACGUCCGUGACUUUGUAAUCGCGGUGUAAAUACGUAUAAAAGUCUCCGAUGAGAUAUACAAAUCUCUUGUCGUAAAGUAAAAAAAUGAUAAAAUGUGAAAGGAAAACUACGCGAAAUCUAUGUAAGCCGCGGUCCGUCGUUUCGUUAAUUUGUAUUGGCGCCUCGUGUC